AUGCCUCCCGGACCGUUUCCAUAUCCCUUCCUUGGAAACAUCCCACAAAUCAUCUCUGCAGAUCCCGUCAGACCAUUUAGUAAACUAGCUGAGAAAUAUGGAGACAUUUACACAGUCACUUUUCCGAGCGGCAACGCGGUCAUCUUGAAUACAGCAUCCCUAGUGCGUGAAGCCAGGCUUGCCCCUGGGAGACAAGAAGUUCUUUUGGGCAAAUCACCGGAGUUUUUCUAUCCAUUUGGGGAGAUAAUGGGUCAUAAUAUGGCCGGAUCUGACUACUCACUCGCAUAUCUUUUUGAGAGAAAAGUGUUCGUAUCAGCAAUGCAUAUUUUUGGGGCUGGAAUAGAGCAAGCCUCGGUCCGUGCUGGUCAUGCUGUUGACAUCGCGAUAAAAGAAAUCGAAAAUAAACCAGGGAGAACUUUUUCACCUAAUAAUCUUCUCGAAUCCUCCAUAGUUGUGCAACUUUUGGAAUGGCUUACAUCGAAGAAGAUGGCACUGGAUGAUCCAAUUGUGCAGGAAAUCUACGAAUUUAACGCGAUUAUGGGCAGAGGAGCAUUACUUAUGACCAUGUAUCAGUUAUUUCCAUUCCUAUGUUACUUACCAACGCAAUUGUCUCGGGAAAUAAAGCGAGCACAACAGAUCAGAGAGAAGAUUUUCCCACCGGAAUAUCGAGCCCACCGGGACAGUUACAUUCCAGGCACCGUACGAGAUCUUACAGAUAGCUUUAUCAGUGCAUACGAAAAAGAACUGGCCAAAGAGACUAGAAAAGACAUUGGUUCCAAAGAUAGUGGUAUUCGAGGCUUGAUGGUGAAUGUGGUUUCUGUGGGAUCAGGAACUACCUCCGCAUGGCUAACUUGGUUUUUUCUCUACAACGUCUUAUAUCUCAAUGUGCAAAGCAAAAUACAUGAGGAAUUGGACGCUGUAGUAGGACGCGAUCGUCUUCCGAACUGGAAAGACGCAGAAAGCUUGCCAUACCUCCAAGCUACCUUGUGUGAAGUAGAAAGGGUAUCAGUUAUAACCACGCUCUUCGGGACAAACGCGAUUCGUGACACAACUAUCGCUGGCUACCACAUUCCCAAAGGAACAUUUGUCGGCCUGAAUAUUUCGAAGGUGCAUGAAGAUAAUUGCGAAUGGCAAGAAACGGAGAAAUUUAAACCUGAAAGAUUUCUGGAUGAGGACGGUAAGUUUGUCGGCUGGAACAAACUACGCGGUUUCAUGCCAUUUGGCAUUGGUCGUAGAGAAUGUCCUGGCCAGACAUUGGCAAAGGUAAUGAUGUUUUCGUUCGCUUCAAUAUUAUUACAUCGUUACAAGAUUGAGUUGCCUGAGGGAGCCGAGAUACCAACUACCAAAGUGUCCAUCCCACAACUCGUGACUAAACCAAAUGAUUUCCUAGUUGUUGCAAAGCCGCGAGAGCUGGGAUUAUUACAAGACAGACAAUAA